AUGGGCAACUCGUGCUGUCGUGACGACCACCAGACAGCCGGGAAGUCGACCGCCGAAGUGAAGUCAAGCCUGGCCUUCUUCGAUGCACUGCCGAGUGACGUGGAGGAGGUGACGGUGGACCACGUCUACGACGGCGACACGCUCACAAUUCGCGAGCACAACCGUGUGCGGGUGCGGCUACUCGGCAUCGAUGCACCAGAGCUAAAGGAGCGGGAGCCCUAUGCGAAGGAGGCGGCCGACUACGUGAAGAAACUGUGCCCAGCAAACGCCACGGUGUGGAUGAAAGUGCAUCGGGGUGACAAGCGGGACCGAUACAACCGCCUGCUCGCCUUCAUCUUUGUGUCGAACCCGUCUGGUGGCCCCGAUUUUCUCUGCGUGAACAUCGCCGUUCUUGAGCGAGGCCUCGGCACCUUCUACUCCCCUACCGGAUCCCACGUCGACUUUCGAGAUGAGAUGCUCAGGGCACAGCAGCGCGCUAUCCAGGGAAAGGUGAACAUGUGGAGGAAGCGGAACCUUCAGAAGGGGGUGUUUUCCACGCAGCACGGCAUCGCCUUCCACACGUCGGACUGCCUCUCGCUUCAGCACACAAACCCAAAAAAUAUACAAACGUCUGCGGUGGUGCAGGCGUUGUCGAAGGGGUACAGCCCCUGCCGAAAUUGUAAGCCGCUGGGCUAG